UAGCUUUAAAUAAACCAAGAUGGCUCUGUCAAUUCUGAUACAACCACAACGCGAAGUUUGAUUUCUUCCACAAUUUGGUGCUGUGACUCGGAUAGAGAUGCCCGGAGUGAUCGGUUGAGAUACAGACUGUCUCCUCACUGACAUCCUGGCACCAAACUAAGGUGCCAUGUGAAGACUGCAUGGAAAGGGGCAACGAGACCACUGCCGCUGACAUGGAAUUCCUCCUGCUUGGCUUCUCUGAGUUGAACCACCUCCAGACCUUUCUCUUCUUUAUCUUUUUGGGUGUGCACAUAACCACUCUGGCUGGGAACCUUUUAAUCCUUAUUGCUGUGGCUGCUGAAUCCUCCCGACCCCCCAUGCUUUUCUUCCUCUGCCAGCUCUCUGCCAUUGAGCUCUGUUAUACUCUAGUCAUUGUUCCCAAGACACUGGUCAACCUUGCGGACCCUGGAAGUCGCACCAUUUCUUUCACUGCAUGUGCUACCCAGAUGCAUCUCUUUGUGGCGCUGGGGGGUGCUGAGUGCUUCCUUCUGGCAGCCAUGUCCUAUGAUCGUUAUGUCGCCAUCUGUCGACCGCUGCACUACACAGCAGUGAUGAGCCAGGGCCUUUGCUUCCGCCUUACUGUGGCUUGCUGUUUGGGGGGCUUUGCUGUCUCUCUGGGGCUGACUCUGGCUGUUUUCCGCCUACCCUUCUGCCACUCUCACCACAUUGACCACUUCUUUUGUGAUGUUCCUGCUGUGCUGCACCUAACGUGCACGCAGAGUUAUACUUUUGAGCUGCCUCUGCUGACUGCCUGUGUGCUCCUCCUCCUUCUCCCCUUCUUGCUCAUCCUAGCUUCUUACACCUGUAUUGUGGCUGCCAUAUUGAGCAUCCACCCUUCCUCUGGCCAAGGCAAGGCCUUUUCCACUUGUGCCUCACACGUAGCUGUCACUCUCCUGCAUUAUGGAUGUGCCACCUUCAUGUACAUCCGCCCCAAGUCCAGAUACUCACCAAGCCGAGACAAGAUGGUGGCCCUUGUUUACACUAACAUCACUCCAUUGCUGUAUCCUUUGAUCUACAGCCUGAGGAACAAGGAAGUCAAAGGAGCACUGAGAAAGAUGUUACUGCAAAGAACAUCUCAGGCAACUUGGAAUAAUCUCAAGUACAGGAUAUGUGUGUGCAAUAAACUUUACUAGGACAUACACCUUCUGCCAAAAACAGAUAUUCUUUAUCUACUUGUAAGAUCACUUCUUGGCCUAUUCCCCCCCCCACUCCCCACAAGGUUGAUAUUACACAGAAACAUACAUGUUUCCAGUCACCAUGGGAAGAUA